GGCAACUGUCAGUGCUGAAGAAUCUUCAGCUAGCCUGGGGGUUCAGACCAGCUGACCUAUCGCAGGGCUCACAUGUGAGCAGCUCUAAGCCAUGGGAUGUUCCCAGUGACCAGCCAGAACCCUCCAGAGUGAGGACAGGAGUCCCUGCAAGGACGCACAUCCUAUAGCAGCCAUGGACUCAAACAAACAAGAAGGAGGGACUGAAAGUGUGCCCGUGAGUACCCCGGCAACACAGAUUUCCCAGUUGCAGGCGUUAGCCUCUGAGCUGAAGGCAGGUUUCACAGAAGCGAUGCAGGAGCUGUCACGAAUCCAGCAUGGCGAGUAUGCCCUGGAGGAGAAGGUCAAGAGCUGCCGCUGUGCCAUGGAGGAGAAGGUGGCUGAGAUGAAGAAUUCCCUCAAUACGUUCAAGGAGGAGCUCAGUGAUGCAAAGUCGAUGAUUGAAGAAAUCAGUGCCAAGCAGGAAGAAAUGCAACAGAAAAUUGAGCAGCUGCAGCAAGAGAAGCGCCGGGAAUCACGGAAAGUGAAAGCUAAGAGAGCACAGAAGGAUGAUCAUGGGUCACAGACAGUGCCUACACCUCUCCAGGGCAGCCCGUUUCGAUCCAUUAAUCUCCCAGAACCUGUGCUGAUCAAUGAGGAUUUUACAAGUCUUUUACACAACGUGACUUACGAAAAAGUGUCUGACACCAGGAUCAUGCCAAUGGGAGAAGGAAGUGUGAAAGUCAUAGCAGGUCCAGGAGCAACCACAGAGACAGACGACAGCCUCAAGCCUUCCUUGGCAACAGAGGGGCAGUCGAAAGUGCAUCUGCCAUCAACAGUGUGGAAGCAGCCCAAGGACACCAAGGACUGGGGAGAUGAAUACAUUUCCAAAGAGCAGCCAGAGAGAGGGAAGGACAUGGGCCAAAGCAGAUACAGCUCAUCAGACAAUAUAAUAUGUGAACCCUCUUUGGCUGCCAAAAGACAGAACAUCGCCUUGGAGCUGCUGGAGUCAGAAAGGAAAUAUGUCAUCAACCUUUCUCUAAUACUGAAGAUCAAGGCCACGUUGCAAGGGCCAGAUGUGAAAAGGAGCACCAAAGAGAGAAGUUUCUUCCCCAACUCCUUGAGGUACCUGGUCCAGCAACAUGUCGAUUUACUUCACGCUCUACAGGAGCGAGUCUUGAGCUGGCCACGACAAGGGAUCCUAGGAGACAUCUUCCUGAAGUUAACAAAUGAUGAGAAUAAUUUCCUGGACUACUAUGUUGCUUACCUGAGGGACCUGCCAGAAUGCAUCUCUCUGAUCCAUGUGGUGAUCCUGAAGGAGGUAGAAGAAGAAAUCAAGUCUGAUCUCUACAUUCUGUUCUUCCAUAUAGUCCAGCGAAUCCCUGAAUAUCUUAUUCAUCUACAGAAUGUCCUGAAGUUCACGGAGCAAGAGCAUCCUGAUUAUUACCUGCUGCUAGUGUGUGUGCAGCGCCUUCGGGUUUUCAUCUCACACUAUAGCCUCCUCUUCCAAUGCAAUGAAGACCUGCUUAUUCAGAAGAGGAAAAAGCUGAAGAACACGACGAUGGAUUUCUCCUCCCUCAGGUCAUCCCUGGUGAAACUGUACAAAGGUCUCACCUCCCAGUGUACGAGUCAAGAGGUUUCCCCAACACCCAGUGCGACAUCUAUCCGGGACAGCGGGAUCCACUCUGAAGAGACAAUCCAGUCAUUUCCACCAGCACCUUCCUCUGGGACAACCACCCCGCAUUUGAUGCCCCAGAUGAAGAAGCCCCAGCCAACUGUGAUAGAGAACAUCCAGGCUGUAAAGCCCCCUGACUGGGAAAUGGAAAGUAGAAAACUUGAGAGGCCAGAGAACAUCCUUGCAUCCUCCCAGCUCACAGAGCAGGAAAUCAAGGCUCUGACGGCCCCCUUACAAUCCAUCCCUGAAAUGGAGUAUGAAGCACCACCAGCUGAUGCAGUGGGGAACCCCGAGAGAGCCAUCAGGACCUCUGUGGAGCUGCUGCAGGAUGCGAGGAACUUUGCACCGAGCUAUGAAGAGUUUGACUACCCUGGGGAGGUUUUUACCCUGCCAGGCCCCUACGAAGAUGAUGCCUUCCAAAACCUUGCUCUCUUUGAGAAUUGCUCCCCGGCUUCUUCCGAGUCCAGCUUAGACAUUUGCUUUCUUAGGCCUGUUAACUUCACAUCAGAACCAGAGAGGACAGAUCAUGCCUUACAGCCAUUGCCUAAGAGCUGCACUCCAGUAAGCAGCAGUACUUACAAGCGUGAGAUGUUCCACAGCAAAGGCAAGCAGCUGAGCAGGUCCCUGAAGGAGCUGCCAAGGAGCGCUGAGGGCAUGAGCACCAGACUCUACAGCACACGGAGCAGCAGCGGGAGCCGGCUGCAGCAAAAGCAGGAGAGGAAUGUCCAGCCUCACAUGAUCUCAGCCUCAUCUCGAAGCUCCCAGAGGAGCUACUUCCCCCCACAGAGAGGAGCGGGUGAAAAACAGAGCUUUUUGGAAGAGCUCCAUGCAGAAGACAACACCAGGUUCUGCCAGAAGGAUGACAAUGAGCAAACAUCCUUCAGCGACCACAACCCACGGCACGAGCCCAAGGGGGGUUUCCGGAGCUCCUUCCGCAAGCUCUUCAAAAAGAAAUAAACAGCCCCAAGAAAGGCAGGCCACAGCCUAAGUGCGACAGUGCUUCCCCAGGCCCCUGAGGGUGGAGACAGACAGCGAGGCCCCAAGAUCCCCCCUGACUAACACAGUAGGUGGAGGGGUGGGGGAGAGGAGACUGUCACAACUGCCUUACAAACGCAUCCUGCUCUUCCUAGCACAGGGCAGGGCCAGGCUAUGGGUUGAAAGGGAGCUCAGCCAGCAGGUCCAGUAAGCACAGGAACUUGCUAGCUUUCACCCCCGCCUGACUUUAACCUUCCUCAGUUUUGGAAAGCUUUGGCCAAAUCCCACUAUCUUCUCCUCCCCCUCAUCCCCUAAUGCUGCUUGAUUUGCCAUACAUCUUUGCUCUUCUGAAUUCAAGCCAGGUCUAAUCUGGGCUUACCCACAAUGGAUGGGCUACCUUUGCAGCCUUGGCGUCCUGGUCAGAAGCCUGAAAUUCCCCUUUUCUCCACUUUCCAAAUUAAAACCACCAUCAAAGAUGUUUUCCAGGAGGCCAGCUCGCAUUACACCCUGCUGGUUUAAGAAGAUCUAAGAAGCAUCAGCUGGAGCACCUGGGCUUCGUACUGCUUAAUCAGCAGCUUCCUUUCUUUUGGACUUCCAUCACUCCCCAAAAUCCUCCUUCACCUUCCAUGUGGUGUGCUGUUUCUUGAAUUGCCUCCUGCUGUGGACUCUCUGCUCCUGCCGUUGGAAUUGCCUGUGUCUCCAAGCAGGUGAUGUAGGCUGAGUUCAAGGCCUGCCACAAGAGACAGAGACUCUUCUCCACGCUGUCCCCACAGUGGAUCGAUGCAGACGCUAACACAGUCAAACCAGUGUCCUGGCUCCUGGUCUGUGUUAUACCUGAAAUACUCUUUCCUAAUUCUCUUUGGCCUGACACCACCUUAAAAGCCCCAUCAUGCGCAGCACCCUGCUUUGGAGCAUUCUUCUAGCCAAAACUGAGGCACUACGGCAGGAAAGGCGAUGGUGCCAUACGCUCAAAGUCACAACUUCUCCUUGUGGACAGACGAAAAAUAUCCUUUAUCACAAAGUUUUCCCCACAUUUCAAGAAAUUGAGGAAACAAAACUCCAGAGAUUAAAAUGUUUUAGCUGAUACCUGCCCUACAGAUUUUACUGGACCCAAGCCCCAAAACAGUUCCCAAAAAUCCACUUCUCCUUACAAAAAGUAUCAUCGUCCCCUCACCCAACAGCUUU